UCCAUGUGUCUCAAAUAGUGAUGUGAGGAAACCCCUUUCCUGUGCAGUCUAGGGAAGUGAAGAUGUGCUUGUGCAGCACUUUGUUUUUCUUUUCAUGCAGACACCACUGUCAGCACAUACACUUGUACCAUGAACCACUCGACUGAGCUGUCUUCUUUAGAGGAAAUGGCCCCUGAGGAGUUUGAUGGUGGGACAGUAGUGACUUGUGUGAUCCUGGGCCUGUCUUUCCUGGUAGGAGCUCCCGGGAACUUGCUUGUGAUCUGGACUAUCCUGAAACAUGUCAAGCAGCGCUCCCACACUGUUGUGCUCAUCCUCCACCUGGCUGCUGCUGACCUGCUGGUCCUCAUCACCUUGCCACUAUGGAUCUAUUCCCUGGCCCAGUCUUGGGUGUUUGGAGAGGCCUCCUGCAAAGCCAUAGUGUACGUGAUCAACGCCUGCAUGUAUAGCAGCGUUUUCCUCAUCACCCUGAUGAGUGUGGAGCGCUUUGUGGCCGUGCGAUACCCCUAUGCCUCAGCCGUCUGGAAGAGUAAAAAAGCUCUAAAUAAAGUUCUGCUGGUUCUGUGGACUGCAGCGUUCCUGUUCAGCAUACCUGUCAUCCCUACUCAGGUUGUAGGGAAGGAGUCUGAUGAAGAGCACUGUCUGUAUCGGGAGUACACUUCUGUGACCCAGGAGCUGGUGUGUGUGCUGUUAGAGACACUGGUGGGCUACAUAUUACCCUUCUCCAUCCUAGUGGUUUGCUAUGGCUGCCUGUGCAGUCGGAUUACUCAGAUGACCUUCAAGUCCAAGCGCAAGUCUACAGUCUUGAUCGCCAGUGUGGUGAUUGUGUUUGCCAUUUGUUGGACACCUCAUCACAUAGGAAACAUCCUCUCACUCAUCAUCCUGGCCAUAGAAAAAUACUUUCCCAAUGGAGCAGAUAAUCUGGAGAGUGCCAGGAGCACCAUGGUCUUCAUCGCUGGAGGUAUGGUCUUCGUCAGCAGCACUGUUAACCCCAUCCUCUACAUGUUUGCGGCUCGCUCCUUCAGGAGCUCCCUGCGUGACACCGGCAUCCAGAAGCUCUUCCGCCACAUCUCCAGCACCUCUCCAGGUGAAGGCAAUAGAGAGGUGUCCUUUGUGUCCAAGCGACACAGCAAUCCGACCAUCAGUUCUCAGUGUUUGUCUGAGUCAAAAGACCAAAUGGACAUAUUAAUAAAAAUGUGUGAAAAUAAGCCAUCCUGAUAUUGAAAAUGCAUGGUGUUUGUGCUGCGUGUCUCUAUAUAUAUAUUCUCAUGUAUACUUUUUCUGAUGAAUGAAAAUUUGCCUGAAAUGAAUUUAUAAAAUUACAACACAGAUGAACAGGAAAUCAUUUUUCUGUGCGAUACGUUUCUAACUCUGUAAAUGACCUGUUUUACGUGUUUUUAUUAUGUUGAACAUAUAUUUAUAAAUGUUAUAUAUUAUGUACUUAGAUUUUAUUCAAUGUUACUCAUAAAUAGUACAAUAAAUAAUUCUAUA